ACCAUCUUACUUGCAUACAUGUCAAAAAUUCAUCCAUCAUAUCAUCAUCCUAAAAUUUUGCGACGCAAACGUCUUGUUUACAACAAAGACGAUGAUCGUGAAUAUAAUAAUAAUAAUCGUCUUCCUCCUCUUCCUCCUCCUCGUCUACCUCGUGUAAUAACAAGUAGACCACGGGUUAAUUCCCCGUCUAUCUUCACGGUUUGGAAGAAAUCGAGUAUGAGUUUCCAAGGUACGGAUGGAUUCACGGUGUUCGAUAAGCAAGGGAGGUUAGUUUUUCGGGUUGACAACUAUACCCGAAGGAAGAAUCGGGCCAUCGCUAGCCGGGGCAGCCGGUCCAGCGGACUAGUACUCAUGGACGCACAGGGUAAACCUCUCUUAACAUUGAGACCACAGAUGAACGCGCAAUUACAAUAUGAAUGGAAUGGAUAUAACGGAGGAGAAGAUGAUGACGGAUCCACUCCUUUAUUCGUAAUGAGAAGACCUCCAUCAUCUUUGUUCGCGAUGAUGGGAGCAAGCAUGACGACUUCGUCAUGCCAAGCUCAAGUAUUUGUUGCGGGAGAAAAUGAUAAUAUUGUCAUGGACAUGAAAAAGAGGCAGAGGAGGCCAAAUUACAGAGUGGAGGGUUCUUUUCGUAGGCGAAAUUGCAACAUCACAAAUUCAGAUGGUCAUAUUGUAGCAAAUAUAUCGCGAAAAGUAGCUAACGCUACUACUCACACCACUAUUUUGAUUAGCGACGAUGUUUUUAGCUUGGUCGUGCAACCAGGAUUUGAACCUCACAUUUUUAUGGCUUUUGUUAUUAUUUUGGAUCGUAUGUAUCCUAACUCAUACACUCCCCUUAUUUGUUCUAAAUGUAAUUGAUUUUUAUCUCUAAA